AAAAAGUCUAUAUAUUCUUUCUAUUGUUUAAGCUUUUCAUUGAAUAGUACUAACUUAAAAGUUUGUCCUCUUUCUUAUAUAUGUCUUGUAAAUGUCUUGUAUGGGAUCACUCAAAGAAAACAUUUUUGACUGCUUUAUAAUUUUCCCAGUAAAACCAUGCUGUAAAAAAGUUGAAAUUUAAGGCACAUCAAACAACAAGAAGCUCUUUAAAUCAGCAGUGAGCUCAGAAGAUCAGAUUCAGAUCAUACAAUUGUAGGAAACUUUGUUUAAUGCUCCUCUUGCACUAUUUGCUUCUGAAUUAUAGCUGGCAAAUCCAAAAAGAAGCUGCAAUAAUUAAAGCCUUUGAUUUUGUUCUCUUCAAAUUCUGAAACUUUGAAGGCAGAAACAUUAAAGAAAGUAUUGAGAGGUUAUUUCUUUGGUGUGAUUGAAAACAAUGGAGAAUAGGUAUUGGGUGCCAUAUGUAAGUGAAGAGUUACAAGAGGAAGAGGUGUGGGCAGUGAAGGAGGAGACUGCAACUGGCUUCAAGGUUGGUGAACUGAAUGAUGGUCCUAGAGCGAGUCGACGCUCGAUCUCAAGACGGCUUCCAAGUGCAUCAAGAAUGAUUCCAGGAGCUCAAAAACAUCAGCACAAUGAUAACAGUAAUGAGUCUAAAGUGGUGCAGAGUUCAGCUCCUGUGAACAUCCCUGACUGGUCUAAAAUCUAUGGUAAAAGCCCAAUAGAGAAGAAUAAUGGCAGUUGUGAUAAUUAUUAUGUGGUGUGUGAUGGUGCAGGGAGUGAUGAGAAUAAUGAAGAUUAUGAGGAUGAUGAUGAUGAUGAUGAUGAUGAUGGUAGAUUGCCUCCACAUACAUGGUUGGCUAAGAAGCUUGCUAGGAGUCAGAUUUCUUCAUUUUCUGUUUGUGAAGGUGUUGGGAGAACUCUGAAAGGAAGAGAUCUUAGUAGGGUGAGAAAUGCUGUUCUGUCAAAAACUGGUUUUCUUUGAUUUGUGUCAAAUUAUGCAAAUAUUAAGUACAUCAUCAUGUAGUGUUAUUUUGUAGUUUCUUGCUUGUAGCUUCUCUUGCAGGUUCUUUUUUAGUUGAAGUUGGGAAUGAUAUUUUGUAUAGUUGGGUAGAUUUUAGUUCAAUUCUAUAAGUUGUAAGCAAUGGAUUAAGUUGUAUAUUUUUUGUAACAUUCAGGUAUUGAAGCAUGGUUUCCUUUAUGUUCUUCA